AUGAACACCGCCACUCGUAACCGCAUCACUACGAUGAUCGCGAAUGCCCAGACCGCGUCCGAAUGCCAAGAGAUUCAAGCACAGCUGGAAGCGUUGGCGUCUGGAGCCAAACGGAAGCGUGCCGAGAUGAAGGCAGCAGAACGUCAAGAUGGCUUGAACUACAAAGGACGCGGUGCUCAGAAGUGCUCGUUUUGCACCAACACCGUGAAUCCCGACGACGAGGAUUUUGCCGUUACUUGUGGCGCCUGUAACAAACUCGCAUGCGGCGAUUGCUACUUGAGUUGCAAGGAAUGUCAGGAAUUAGUAUGUUUCGACUGUUCUCAUUACUGCGAGAGCUGCGAGGAAAACGUCUGCUCGAAGUGUGAAACCAACGAGUGCAUGAGAUGCAAUAAGGAAACUUGCUCGGACUGUGUUUUUCUGGUCGGGCCUCCACAAUGGAAAUGCUGCGAGGGGUGCCGUGAUGGAUGGGUGGACGACGGAUGGCGAUCUUAUUAGGUCUAACCAGGUUUCUAGGAGUCGCGACGAUGUGAUUUCACUGUCCAUUAGCUAGCUAGUCGCCGAUGGACGAAAGGUGAUUUCUCAAGUAAGUUGUUGGAGGUACGGUAUGUUUGGAUACAGGCAUUGCGAGCGAAAUAUAAUUAUGCAUAAUAAGUAAUAAACUUGGAGACCGAAUACAUGUACCGGUACUCGAGUACUCUCGAAUAACGCAAUAACGCUACGCACAGGCACAGCUUUCGGAC